AUGGGCGACCCCAAAUCCGACGAUAUAAAAAAAUUAAAAAAAGAUUGGAAAACAAAAUACAUUGAACGGAUUCAAAGUCCAUCAUGUUAUAAACAGACUAAACCUUCCUUACCUACUUCUAAAAAUCCUAAAUUAUGGAAAAAAUAUCGAAUAGACCUUUCCGAAUAUUUGGAGCAUUCCAUGUGUUUAGAACCUAUUUAUUCUGAACUAUCCCUUAUCGAUAUUUUAAUAUCGGAAAAUCCCGGUUAUGAUGACAAAGCCAUAAUCAAUGAAUAUGCAAAAACAGUGGUAGACGGUAAAAAUACACCUAAAAACAAGCUUUCUAGGGGAAUUGACACGAAUCCGUUUACCUACUACAAAAAU